AUGUUUUGUUUCGGCUUCGAUUCUAAUAAUACUCCCCAGCCUGUCUUUGCGUUCAUCUUCGAUACGAAAAGCAACACGUUCCUCGCGCCAGGUCCUUAUGGACAGUACAUCCCGGCCUUCACGAUAAAAAGCUCUCCAAAGACAAAGCCCAAUAUGACAGUAUACCGCAUAGGUCAAAACGGGUCUAUGAUGAUCGGUACCUGCACCACUCGCACCUCAUCGCUAUCAGGCAAUGUUUAUGCCGAGGUCUCCCUAUACGGCCGCAGUUUCAAAAUGAAACAUGACCAGUUGACGGGCAGCUCGAGCCAGAAAUUUGAAUAUCCGUCGCUUGGAUCCUUCAAGUGGAAGCCAGAUCUGAAAGGGGAACUGCGUUUAUUUGAUGGCAAUGGCCAGUUGCUGGCUCGCUGGCAGAAGAGUGGCCAAAAUCAAAAGCUCGACUUUUAUGUCUCGGGCCAGGGCGAGCUCGUUGACAUGGUUGUUGUAACGGCACUUGCGGCAAUGGAUUUUCAACAUAAGGAGGGCAAGCAAGUGGAGGAGGUGAUGGAUGCCCUGGAUGUUAUCAGCGCCUUGUCAUGA